GCGGCAGGUGGAAAGAUUCAAGCAACCACGACGCUAGUGCACGAUGAGUACUUUGUCGCAAUGGGCCGAGGAUGACGACGCCGAUGAGGACGACAACAUCCUUUGGGACGAGUCCACGGAGGAGAAGUUGGCAGAGAAUCGAGGCGGCUUCCACCUGCGCAAGCAAAACAGCCAAGGCGGUGGCCUGCGUACGAUUCCACUCUGCAAGACGCCACCAGCAACAGACCCACGGCUCAUUACGAUGAGCCCACCGACAGCAAGCACACUGACGACACGUCUGGCACCGCCUGCGCCUGUCCAGGGGCUCUUGAAGAAGAAGGACGCAAAAAAGGCCAGCAAGUUUGGCCUCGGCGAGCGGCCACUCGGUUCGCCCAGCAAUGGGGCCCCUUCAGGUGCUCAAACUGUAAAACUGAAUGGCAGCUUUGGUGGUGGAGCAAAACGCAGAAGUACCAAGACCAAGUCGGGGGACAUUGGAUCCGCUUCCAGCGGUGGUGGCUCUGUGAGCAAUUCCGCCGCGCUGAAAAUGUCCGAGACCCCGGAACAGGUCCGGCGCUUCCUGCUCGCCGAAGUCAAACAAAUGUCCAUCGAGCGGCUUGUGGCCGACGCCAAGCGAUAUUUAUACUUGGAAGACUUUCAUCAAAAGCACACGGCCACAUCGCCACCAACACACCCGACGACACCGUCAACCGUUGCUUCCACAUCUGCGUCAUUGUCACCGAAAUAAAGGCCCUGCUAUUUGACACAUCCAUUAUGCUAAAUUCUAAACAGACGCCAACAUGAUGGGGAAAUUAUGGUGUCAUUAGUAGUGGAUUAGACAAUUGAGGUUGUGGAGGCUUUGCGCUGUGAGCUCGUAGAUGGUAAACGUGCAGCUGUGGGUGAGCAUCGAUUUGAGUAAGCUGGGAAUGGUGCCUUUGUACAGGCCGUAGAGGCCUUCGUGCCUGAAAAUAUCGCGACCGCAGUGCACGGCCGACGCGUAGGAAGGAAUAGUGUGGCCAUAGUCUGCAUGCCGUGGCACGCCUUGCAUUUGCAUGCGCUUCUUGAUGGUGUCCAGUGGAUACACAAGCAGUUUCGACACAAAGCCGGCGAUGGCGCCAUUGCCCACGGUUUGAAGCACCCAUCGAAACCGCGAGUGAGUCGCGCUGGCCGUUAUCUCGCUGAGCGUGGCGUAAAUGCCGAAACUCAAUCCCAUGUACGGGAUGAUCUGGGACACGGUCGGGCCGAGCCCCUUGUACAGUCCGCCUUUGAUGCCCUCGCGAUGGAUGGACACCGCGAAGAAGUGCCGCAUGUUGCGGUAGACCUUUGGGACUCCUUGGCUGGACAUCACUGUUCUGCAGCGAUCGAACGGAUACGUGGACACUGUGGCCACCACGCCGGAGGUGGCACCGAUGACGCUGUUCCACGCCCAAUGGUUUCGGCCGUCGCCGUCCAUGAGGAUGUUGUGCAGCGCUUGGUACGUUCCAAACUGAACGCCAGAGUACGAUACCCAUAGGAACGUUGCGGCAAUGUUGCCCCGCCAAAACGUGCGAAGGCCUUCUUCGCGGUAGAUGGUGGACAAUGCGUGGGCCAGGCCAGUGUAAUGUUUCGGGAAGUGCGUCGCAUUGGCGCCAACCUGCACUUGGAAUCGGAUCUUGAGCAAGUCUAGCGGCGCCGCAAUCACUCGAGUCAACCCGCCCGCCACAGCACCAGCCACCAUGCCUUCCCACGCAGACGGAGGAGGCGAAGCCAUCGAUCUUAUUCGUUCUUCUUGCUGUGCUUGGCGUCGCCGGGGGUGAGUUUUUCCUUGGGAACCGAAAAGAGGAAGGACGGAGCAAGGAUGAUGAGGAAACAGACCAACGCCACAGACAGAUUCAGCCAAACGUCUUCGUCGCGCAUACACGUUGAGGAGGUCGAGAGCUUCCGAGCCAGCGUUUCGAA